CAAUUAUGGGGGUGUAGGAAGCAACACCGGGUUAUUUGUUAGUCUAGGAACUGCUUUUUUGUUAGUCCUAGUAAAACUAAGGAAAAGAAUUCAAGAAGAAGUAAGCAUGUCUCCUAAAUUCAAAGGAGAGAAGGUGAUAGAAAAAGCUCAUAAACGACGUCUAAUUCUACUAUGCGUGUUGAUCCGGGUAUGGUUAAAAGCCUAAAAAAGAUUGCUCGUUAAAUACCUGAUACUCUUACAAGCGAACUCUGCUCGUUUUGUCCGAUAAAUUGAAUUUACGAUAGUUGCAAACAGAACGCACUAUGAUUGGGAGCAGUAGUGAAGAUGAUCAGUCAUUAGAGAAACGACUUGGGAGGUGUUCUGUGGCCUUAUAUGGUGUAGGGCACAUGCUCAAUGACAUUACAUCUGCUUGUUGGUUCACAUACCUUUUGGUCUUUUUGACAGAUAUUGGUUUAUCUCCAAGCAAAGCUGCAAUUGUCAUGCUCUCAGGUCAGAUAGCUGAUGGAUUGGGAACCAUUUUUGCUGGUGAACUGAUUGAUAGAUUUGGACAUUUCAAAGCAUGGCAUGCUACUGGAUCUCUAUUGGUUGCCAUCUCAUUUUCAUCAGUAUUUGGUGGUUGCUUGCCUUGCAAAAUAUUUGGUUCUAAUUCAUCUCUUUUGGAAACUAUUGGGUAUAGUGUGUUUGCUGCAAUAUUCAAUAUCGGCUGGGCUGCUGCUCAAGUAUCACACAUGUCAAUGGUGAAUUGCAUCACUUUGAAUUCAACAAGCAGAGUCGUGUUAGCUAGCUGUCGCAAUGCCUUUACAAUGGUUGCAAACCUUAGCUUGUAUGGAGUUGCUUUUAUUGUAUUCAACAUGAACACCUCAAGGAAAGUAGCUGCUAUUGAGAAUCAGUACCGCUGGAUAGCGUAUAUCUCAAUUUUCAUUGGAUGUUGCUUUGUCGGCAUGUUUCUUCUUGGAACUAAAGAACCAAGAUUGAAACAAAAAGCUCAUGUUAAUGGCUAUGUUAGAAUUUGUUGGAGUUAUUGGUUUAAGAAAAUUCUGUAUCACCAAGUUGCUCUUGUUUAUGUGCUAACAAGACUUGUUACUAAUGUUUCACAGUCAUUUCUAGCUUUCUAUGUUACCGAUGAUCUACAAAUGAGCCACUCUGCAAAAGCUUUGGUCCCUGCCAUCAUCUACAUUUGGAGCUUCAUUGUUUCUGUCGUGCUACAGGAGCUAACCUGGACUAGCCAACGGAUAAAAGCCUUUUAUAGUGUAGGAGGCCUCCUUUGGAUAUUUAGUGGCAUAGGAAUACUGUUGCUCCCAAGAAAUAUGAAUGCCAUUAUGUACAUCUUGUCAGUCGUGAUUGGUGUUGCGAAUGCCCUGAUGAUGGUAACUGGUGUGAGCAUGCAAAGUGUCCUGGUUGGCGAAGACCUUAAUGGUUGUGCUUUUGUGUAUGGAUCGUUGAGCUUCAUGGACAAAAUGUCAUGUGGGGUGGCACUGUUCGUUCUUGAGUCAUUACAGAACUCGACACCAGCUCUUGGAAGCUAUAAUCAUGCUUACACUAGUUUCUCCAUAACACGGUAUGGUGUCGGUCUUGUUCCUGCAAUUUGUGCACUUGCUGGUGUGAUUGUCACCUGCUCCAUGAAACUCCAUACACCGCAAUUAAAGCCCUUAGCUGAACCCCUUUUAGCCUAACACACACAGACUGACACUAGAAAAGAAUACAGGUUGUCGCUGUAGAUAGAAAUUAUACAGGUUAAGUUUUUGUGCCUUACCAGGUCUACUGGAAGGACCACUGCCCACAUAGGGGAAUAGGAAAUUACUGUAUCACUAUUCUUACAAACUCCGAUUACUUCAUACAGGGAAAAAACUCUGAUUACCUCACAUUAUAUUUGCCCUCAAAAGUGUUCAUAUUUUAUCUGAUCUUGUUAGUUUGUUCAUGAGAUCAAGUGUUG